AAUGCAUGAAGUCACGCUACUAAAUAGUUUUGGAAUGCUUCAGUUCCAUUUAAAUUCAGAUGCCAGUCAAAGCUGCGUUAGCCGGGACCAUGAAAGCGGAAAAGCUAUUGCAAGUCCUCAUACUCGUCGUCCUGGACCUGUCUUGGACCGCCAGCGGAGAACGUCGGCGUCAAGUACGCCACAGGCAUGCCCGGGUACGCGCCUCUAAAAUCAUGAGAUCCCACCAACAUAUCGCCGAAACGUGGCCCGCCUGCCUUGCCGUGGAUGACGGCCUGGGGCCGCUAAUGAAGUCUGCCAUCGAGGGACAAUUGAGCAAGAAGCUUUUGCAGAAGUGCGGCUAUGAGGAGGAGCUGCCUCAGCUGGAGGUGUGGCGGGAAAAAAUGAGCAAGAAGCUGGAAAACGACUCGGUCAUGGACGUCAUUUCUUGGCUCUACGACGAGGUGGAGAUUCUGGCGCCGGUGGAAGAGCUUCCUAGCGAGCACUCUCCUCCUAGCCACGACCAAACUAAUAGCAAGGACCAUCAUCCUAGCCAGGACCAUCCUCCUAGCCAUGAACAUGAGAUUUUACCCCAAUACAAAGACGAAAUGGAAGUAGACAGCGAAGGUCCGCCAUCUCCCGAGCAGUGUCACGACUACAGGUCAUUCGUGCAGGUCGUGAACGAUGAGCCAGGUGUUGACGAUACUGAUUGGACCAAACGUAAAAAAUAUUAAAUAAAGGCCUGUCUCCAGCACCGCGCAAUAUUGCGGCAAGGAA